UUGGCCAUAAAGCCCAGGCGGCGGCGGCGGCGGCGGCGACGGCGUUGAGGCUGGGCGAGCGCCGAGGAGCCUUAGUGGGUCCGGAAUUGGAUUUCUCCCAGCGUCCUGCGUCGCGUCUCCUCCUCGGCGGACUCCGCGCUGCGGCCGCGCUUGAAGGAUGACCUCUAGGAAGAAAGUGUUGCUGAAGGUUAUCAUCCUUGGAGACUCUGGUGUCGGUAAGACAUCCCUCAUGAACCAGUAUGUGAACAAGAAGUUCAGUAACCAGUACAAAGCCACAAUCGGAGCAGACUUUCUGACCAAGGAGGUGAUGGUGGAUGACAGACUAGUUACCAUGCAGAUAUGGGACACAGCCGGUCAAGAACGGUUCCAGUCUCUUGGUGUGGCCUUCUACAGAGGUGCAGACUGCUGUGUCCUGGUGUUUGAUGUGACUGCUCCCAACACGUUCAAAACCCUUGACAGCUGGAGAGAUGAGUUUCUUAUCCAGGCCAGUCCCCGGGAUCCAGAAAACUUCCCCUUUGUUGUGCUGGGAAACAAGAUUGACCUCGAGAACAGACAAGUGGCCACAAAGAGGGCACAGGCCUGGUGCUACAGCAAAAACAACAUUCCCUACUUCGAGACCAGUGCCAAGGAGGCCAUCAAUGUGGAGCAGGCCUUCCAGACAAUUGCUCGGAAUGCACUUAAACAGGAAACGGAGGUGGAGCUGUACAAUGAAUUCCCUGAACCUAUCAAACUGGACAAGAAUGACCGGGCCAAGGCCUCAGCAGAGAGCUGCAGUUGCUGAAGGGGUCGUGAGCACAGAGCAGAGUCCUUCAUAGACAAGAACACACGUAGGCCUUCAGCACGAACCCCUCCUCCUCUCAACAGAACAGAACGUGGUCUCUCACAUCCAGCUGCCAAAAGAAACCCCACCAGAUAUGAUCACACCCCAACCACCCCCCCACAACACACACACACACAAAACACAAGCACUCUAACCUAUGCCUGUCAUGGCUCCUGGGACAGCUGCCCACCAUGAGCCCUGUGUAUGGCAAAACAGGCGGCUGGAGACCCCGCUCUGGGGUGCAGUGGGCAUUGGAAGCUUAAUACUCUUGGUGUCCACUAGAGUGAGAGAACUGUUCACAGUUCGUCUGUGUCUAAUAAUCUGAUUUUUUUUUUAAUGGUCUUGUGGUCUUUCACCCCUGCCCCUCCUUGAAGGUCCUGUGGGAAGGCUGGUGCCCACGCUCCAUUACAGACUCCCACCCAGUCUGAACAGGCUGAGUUUUGUAUGUAUCUGUUAAUGCUCGUUACUUUUAACUAAUCAAUCUUUUUACAGUAUCCAUUUAUUAUGUAAUGCUUCUUAGAAAAGAAUCUUAUAGUACAUGUUAAUAUAUGCAACCAAUUAAAAAUGUAUAAAUUAGUGUAAGGAAUUCCUGGAUUGUGUGUUUAAGUCCUGUAAUGCAGGCGUGCAAGGUGGAGGGUUGGACCCUGUCUGGAUUGGAGAGUGUUAGAGAAUUUGGAGAUCCAACUAGCGGCAGUAUUCUGUACAGUAGGCACAGAAAUUACGUAUGCCUUUUAUCAAAGACUUAAGAGCCAAAAAGCUUUUCAUCUCUCCAGAGGGAAAACUGAACCAGACAGUUCCCUUAUGUGUCUAAAUUUUACAAAAGGUUGAUUUGCAUAAUGCAGUAGUGUGUGCAAUGGAUAAAUGGCCGUUAUUUCAGAAAUUAAAAUUUUUAUUUCCCUUUUCUGUUUUUUUCUCCUGCUCCACACUUCGGAACUCCCAUUAGAUAGCAUCCUACUCUACGAGGAAAGAAGAACCCCAGCAGACUGUCCUAGUGACUACCUUUGUUCUAGAAGGCGCUCCUUUCUGGGUGGUGGGACCCUUAGGCUAGCAGACCCCUUACCUCCUUUCCCUACCCCACCCAGUGUGGCCCAGCACUAGCCCCAGUUCUUGGGUUGAGCCCUGGACUUCACCCUCCUGAGGACCUGCCCUGAACCCACCUUGGCUUGCUUACUGGAGCACCUCCCCUCCCAAUGUCUACAUUCUAGGGUGUGGGCUGAGUUCUUCUGUAAAGAGAUGAAGGUGAUGCCAAUAAACUUUAACAAGAACAAAGA